GUUCUUUCGAACCCCGGUAGACUCCCUUCGAUAAUGUAGCAUUAUGGGACUUUGUGUUCGCUCUGAGAGACGAGUAAGAAUGAAAUUCUUUCCAGGGCCUACGUACAAGUCGUCCUUUGUUGUGAUUCAUUUUCAUGCCGCAGCUACUUAUUGGCACGUUGCUUAGUCCUAUUUUGGUCGACUUCGUUAUUUUGAAUCUUGGUUCGGGUUUUGGGCGAUCUAUAAUUCGAUCUCAGGAUAUUCACUGCUACCCUCCCUAGCGAAGAUAGAGGACCCAUGUACAAGAAGCCUUUCCAUGUUGGAGUUUUAUCACGCAUGCCGCCACCCCCUGAUCAAUAUUUUCGUUCUUUGUAGUGACGCCCCGUAUUGGUUAAACAAAGCUAGCUUGACUACAUCAAAGCGAUUGCACUGAUGCUGAUUCCUGUGUCGCGAAGACAUCUGUUUAUAUGAGAAUCGAAUGGCCGCUGCCGCUGAUGCACACAUAGCAAGUAUAGUUCAGAAAAUGGUGGUCUUCGUAGGUUCAUUUUUCAUCUGUGGUUGAGAAUACACUAGCGUGCUGGCCAGGUCAUGGAUCUGGAGCCAUCAUCCAGCUUUCGUGCUUGUGCAUAUGAGGAAGCAAGGUUUAGGCGUCAUGAUCAUGCAGCACGAACAAGAACUAAACACUGCGUCGUCGAAUGCUAACCCGUGCUUGCCUGGCGACGUCAUGCUGUGUCGAGGUGGCCAGAGGAUGUGCGGAGACGGAAGCUACACUGCGUCAGCUGCAGCAUCGUUCUCGCGAAAACCUGCUCGAGGUUUAGCAGGCUGUGCCAGGCGGGCAAAGAUUUCUUCUGGUCAAAGACAUCUUGGCUUCUGGUGGACCGCUUUGGUUACGACCGCAAUCACUUCCACGACUGUGGGUGUGGAAGGAAAAGAAGAACAAAAAAGCGAGACGUUUGGAUCGGGAGCUGCAGCGUUGGGAUCGUCGAUAAAAAAUGCAAAGAUGGUCCGUGUGCUUGUCGUGUUAGACGGCGACGAAAUAAUGGAAACGGGAUUACGCGGUUACAACAACCGACGAGCCCGCCUUCGUUCUCCGGCAGAUGCUGCGCAGAAGACAGAAACAAGAGCAAAUGUAGAAGUAGAUGAACACGAAAGGGUGCAUGACCAGCUCAGCACGAGGCCUGCGGGCAAGCCUGAGAUUACAACCACAUCUUCAAGAACGAGCAAGUUGCGAAAUGCAAUACGGCAACUGCAGAAAACUGGGCCCUCAAGAACUCCCGCGGCUUCUAUAAACAACUUCUCCCAACAAAAUACUUUGCAAAAAACUUCAGGAGAAAAGUCAAACUUUACCAAGAGGCAGAAGGAACUUUUUCGCGCACGGGUGUUGGGGAUAAAAAAACCUCAGGUCAACUAUUUUUCCGGGGAACUACGAGAGUACUGUAACUUAUGGCUCUCUUAACAUUUAAUGUACCGUAUCAAAAAUUAAUUCAUUUUUUCUACAAAGCUUUUAUUAUUUCAACCAUUCUAUAUAGAUAUAGCUUUGCAACGCUCAGGAGACAGUGUUGACAAAGCAGCAUGCUUGCAGACAACAGAGGAAAUGAAUCAGGAAUUAGCACGACAGAGCCAUCCACAGUUCUAAGUCUGAGUGGCAAGGCGGGCAAAUGCUCCUUCGUGAAUAAAUCAGGGAAAAGUGUUGGACUUGGGCAAGUCCAACAUUCAGGAUCAAUAGACGAGCAAUUCAUGUUCUCGUCUAGAGAACGAAGCCUCGCGGAAAGUUUAUUUGCUGGCACGUUGGGGAGACAGCUGGCGCCCUACUCCCCGAAACAGUGCUCAGAUCACGCCGCCUGUGGCGCGAACCACUACUGCAUGAGCUGCGAAAAGUGCCGCACGCGAACCGGAUCUCCGGACUGCGCAGGCGAUUGCCCUAAGCCUGAGUCUAGUGGAACAAGCAGUACAGGUAUUUGCAAGCCCGCCGUGUUGUGUCAACGGCACCAGGAUUUUCUAGGGUCGGGAUGCCCGACUUCGGUCCAAGGUUGUACCACGGAUUCCGACUGCAACCAAUACGGAGGAGCGGCUUCGACGGCCUGGCGCGAUCAAGAGGAGUACUGCUACGACUGUACCAAGUGCGAGCAGUAUAAGGCACUCCAUCCGACACAUAGUUGUGGGCCCUGUGAAUUAAAUCUGCCGGGAAAAAAUUCCUUCUGUCGGUCUCUCCGCGAUUGUGCAGAUGCUAGGGAUGCGGUUGCCGGAUCGUGUCCGCAAGCAGAAGGCUGCCGAAGUCACGCAGACUGUGGCGCAAACGCAUACUGUCGUGACUGCGACAAGUGUCUCGCGAGGAAUGACCCCGCAUAUUGUGCAAGACACGUUUGUCCUACGCAAGGUAAGCUCCUUCUCUUGUUCUGCGACUGACGUAGUUAAGAAGUUUUUUAACAACAUCUCGACGCUCUUUUCUUGAGUUGCAAUUUGUAAUGGCGCUCCUCGACGAACAUACGUAGGAAUUUGUAGUCGUUCAUUCAAAAUCUGAAAGUCAUCAGGACUAGUGAUGACAAUGACGCACUCAAGCCCAUAACUGCACUAGGUGGCGGAUAUUGCUACCAUCAGCUCUCCGCUUGCGAGACAUUUGCGGAUGGGAUCGGUGGCUCCUGCGUGCGCGCUAUGGGUUGUAACGCUCAUACUGAUUGCGAGGAUGGCCACUACUGCAUGUCAUGUGCAAAGUGUCAGGCAUAUCAUGAUAUUAUGAAGACCGAAAGUCAAAAUUGGAGAUGGUUAAUAUGCUCUUAUUCAGGAGCGUGUUUGACUUUUCGAACAUUAGCUACUGAAAACGAUUUUUUUUGAAGAGAGUUAUAGCAUUCUGAUAAUUUUUCCAGACAAACUGCAAUAGGUCACUCUAUAUCGAUAUCAGCGCCAUCAGGAACAGCCGAAAGACCACCGACAACCCAGCAACAAGCUAAGCCGGCGGGUAGCUCCUAGGCAGACUGCCGCAUAAAUUCACAGCGUCGAGCACUUCCGUUGAUCAAAGCGUACUGCUAGUGUGAUCUGAAGGAUUUUUCUAAUGAAUGUCUGCCGGCAGAUCGUCGCGACACGUGGCACUGCGAUCCUUGUCCGACGAGCACGGGUGGUAGUUGCGAGGCCUCUCGUUGGUGCGGUGUGGCCGACGACGGGGUUUCGGCGUGUCCGAGUUUCAAAGGGUGCAGCCAAGAGAGCGACUGCGGGGCCGCAGAGUUCUGUCUUGACUAUGAGGCGUGUGUAGGCGAACUGAGCGCAGCGGACUGCGGCACCAAGCCCGAUAAAGGAGGCUUCUGUCUCGACCACGACUACUGCACGGCGUCACGGAUUCUCGGUAGCGGUUCCUGCGCGGUGGAAUGCGACAGCAACACAGACUGCGCAGGCGGCGACUUCUGCGCCGAUUACGCAGACUGUGUCAAGUUGCGCGGCCGCAGCUACUGCGGACCGGCUCCGAGCUCGAAGAAAGGCGUCUGCAUGCCGCAAGAGCACUGUGAACGGGGAUUGCAUCGCCCGCUCUCAGGAGAAUGUCCCGAUGCGAGAAAGUAAUUCUAAAAUUUUGAUCUUGCUAGAAUUAAAGGUGAACAAAAACACAAGUAUAUGUUUCCAGAUGUGAUCAUGAUCAACAUGUUCAAUAAUGGUAAACGACCGUGGGUUGGAACAGGUACAACUUCGAAAACCCACGAAAUAUUGUUUCGUUGAGUGACGCGACACGCAACUUCGCAAUUCAUCACCAAGCGUUUAACGUAUGGCACAAUCCGGAAACGGAUGCGGAAAAUGAAGAGUAUCUCGUGGCGCAGACGCAUGACGAUGGCGACUACAUGAAACGGCGAGACGACAAAGAGUACGUGCACAUGUGGAAAGUGAAAGGGGAUCGGACGGUGGAGGAAGUCAAGGUCUGGCAAACUAGUUGCGGUUCUCUCGAAGUGAUCGUGCCAGCGCGAGGUCCCUAUGUCUACGAAGCGAGAAUAAGUAUGGAACUAGGAGCGUCGAACGGUGGCAUAGCGGAAUGCAGCUGCAUCCAGAGCGGCUACCCUUGGAGUAGCGAGGGUAUAUUCAUUUGCAGUAAAUGGUGCACCAGAGAAAAACUUCACUAUCUUAUGGAUCAAUUUGCUGCAUCAGAAAUUGCGUGAGUUCAUUCUAUAACGUUUGGUGUAAGGACGAGAUCUACUCAGUUCAGACAUUUGAGAAGCUGACGAUACGCAAUUGGAACCUGACGAUAAGUUUUUUCCCAUCUUCACACAGGCGUUUGCCCCCGCGGAGUUGAGACAAAGGUAGGUAGCAAUGCGGGGGAGUAUCUUCCUUUGGACACGUCGCAGCAAAUUUCAUUUGUUUCAAUGGAGAAUCUUUUCAUCGUAGAUUUGAAGCAGACAUUGUACUCGCUAGACCGUGAGGUGUCGGGUCUUGCUAUUUUUGUGCCGGACAGCGGUUGCCCGACUGUGCCAGGCGCAGCAGAGAGUAACCCCUUUCACCCGUCGCAGUCGGCCUCGCUGAGUCUAGUCCAGCUGUCGCUCUACACUGACAACAACGUUCCGAAAAUGGCAGGCGUUGCGGGGAAAUUCUGCGUGGCCAAGCGCGACUCCGCGUGCGGCGUCUCAGUGAAGUACAGACACUGCCUCUAUUCGGGCGGCAAGGGCUUGCUGAUCUAUCUGCAUGACGACAGCACAGAGGGCGCCGCGGCGGACGAUCUGCAUGUCGGCGUCCAGCUCUUCUCGGCCGAACGGUCCCGAACGGAUCUGAUUCCAGCGAUUAUGGUAUCGCAUUUUUCUACGUCGAUUAAAAGCGCGAUCACAGCUGGUACACUCAAUUUGCGAGUAGGCCCGAGCGUGGGAGGUUCGAGUAUGACUGAAGCGGCGGCUGCGUCCCCCGGGGGCGUGCGCGUGGUGGAGGCCGCGACGGGGAAGGAGCAAGCUCACCACAAACUCUUCGGGGCAGUGACCUACAUGGAGCCAAGCGAAAUUCGGUACCUCACCUUGAUCUCAUAAACGGUCGCUUUUAAUGAAGAGAAAUUAUUCAAGGCAAGAAAGCACUAGUGCAACAAGUACAUAGUGGGAGAUCAAAAAGUCUUGAAUUAGAAGUAGGAGGAUGGAAAUAGUAUGAUCGAAUUUGAGUGCUCGUGAGUCUCGUCCUACACGGGACCGCGAGACCACAAGGGGGCAGCCACUUAGUAUCUCGUGAUGCACUUGAGUGAACAGCACGCUUUUGUCUCUCGAGGCGCUUAAGCGCCCUUAAGCGCCUCACGAGGCUGUUGAGGGCAAGUCCGUGAAGUGCCUCACGAGGCUGUUGAGGGCAAGUCCGUUGAGUGCCUCGUGAGGCAGUUAAGGGGAGUCCGUUAAGUGCCUCGUGAGGCAGCUCAGGUCGAGUCCGUUAAGUGCCUCGUGUGGCAGGUAAGAUCGAUUCCAUUACGUGUCUCACGAGGCAGUUAAGGGUGAGUCCGUUAGGUGACUCACGAGGCGUGUAAGGACGAGUCCGCUAGGUGCCUCGCGACGCACCUAAAGAGUGGUCCGUUGGGUGCCCGCUGGUGGAGCUCAAAGGAAAUCCCCUUAUGUGCUGCGCGAAACACUUAAAGAAGCACUUAAGGGGCAGCGCCUUAUCGGUUUCAUUCUGUGCUUGAGGGGCAGCUCCAUAACGGUUUCGCGCAGCACUUAAUGGCGAGACCCUUAACGGUUUCGCGCAGCACUUAAUGGCGAGACCCUUAAUGGUUUCGCGCAGCACUUAAGAGGGGUCCUCCCUUAACGGUUUGGCGCAGCACUUAGUGGCGAGACCCUUCUCGGUUUCGCGUAGUACUUACAAGGGCUCGCUUAAGCGGUGACUGUCACUACUUACGCGAAGUGUGCUGGUCACCACAUGCGUAGGCACCUUAAGCGGUGACUGUCACUACUUUAGCGAAGCGUGCUGUUCACCAUAUGCGUAUGAACUUGCUUACCCGGUGGCUGUCACUAUUUAAGCGAAGCGUGCUGCUCACAGCAUGCGUGCGAACUCGCUUAAGCGGUGGCUGUCAUUACCUGAAGGGCGGCCCCCCUAGUCAGGCGCGUCGAGCAGCGAUGAACGGGCGCCAGUCACCGGUUAGGAGAUACGCGCGAUUAAGUGAGUCUGUAGCUCCCAGACGAUUAUCAAUGAUUCGGUCGACGAUUUCAAAAAGAUUGAAGACUUCGAAAUCGAGAACAAGUAUCUAUAGUAAACGUUUCUACUCAUUCCAGGAACGUCCUGUUCGUUUGCACAGACGUGUACAACACUACGACGACGCAUGCCUCGGAAGUCCAGCCUAACUUCGAGGUUUUGAAACAGGUUCGCGUCUUCGACACAGGUUCGAUGGACAGCACGAUGACAGAGUACAAACCCCGCAAGGGUUCGGUACGCGCGAGUUGCGAAGACAGCAAGUACCGAGAUUAUCACGUGGUAGAUUUCAAACGAGGAGAUCGUUAUUACAGCAGCUUCAUUAACCACCACCAAGGCAACAAAAUCGAGGUGUAUGAUACCACCGACUUGACGGAUUGGAAAAUCAUGAAAGAAGUACAUGCCGACUGGGAGGACGAAAACAGUGGGCUGGGCGCGCUGACCACGAACGCGGAUGGCAGCGUCCACAUUUUAACUUGGCACUGUGCGCUUUACGCUUGCGAGGGAAGCACGGGCUCAGAACUCUAUCUCCUAGACAGUAGCCACCCGCCAAACCGGCCACUGCAAGGUGGAAAAUGGGACUCCACACAAGCGGAAGUUACGGCAUGGGUCCAGUUCAUGUCGAUCCAUAGCGUCCUUAGGCUCCCCAUCCAAAGUGGAGCGGAAGGUAUUUCAUAGUAUGCUGAUCACGCCGUCGAUCAUAUACACAGAUUUGUUGUUUCAGGACGGUAAAAAAUCAUCGAUAUAAUUUGAAGAAACUUUGAUACGCCGCGGAGCGUUAUCGCACAUUGCUUCUAUAUCUCUUUUUGUUUUGUGAGGCGGGCAUCUCGAUCUUCUGUGAAAAUAAUUAGUCUGCUACCUGCAAACAUUAUAUUUGGCCAUCAUAGGAAAAUUUUUUCUUCAGGUCGUGACGUCGCGUGCAGCAAAGAGAAUAUUUGUUUAGUAAGCAUGAACACAGACGGGUUCGUAGUGUACGACGUAGGCAGCUACGAUGUUGCUUCCGGACUGCACUCUGCGCCUCGCAAAAUCGCAGAGCAUUCGUCCACCUUCAAACAGAGUAACAUUCCCACGACUUACAAACGCAGUGCGGGCGCGCAGAAAGUGUUUGCGAGUCGGAUACGAGGAGACCGAUUUUACCUGGAGCAUAGCAGCAUCGAGCUGGGCGUCUCUGUGGGCACGUCGGCCACGGACGUGGCGAGGAAUAACAAAUUGUGGCUGGUGGAGAGCGAGCCGCGCUACGUGCCUGGAGACGAGGACAGCGAUCGCUUCUUUGACACCGCAUCGGCGGAUCCGAUCGUCUUGCUGACUGUGGUGAUCAAAAAGAGCUACGGUGAAAUCGAACAGUUGUUAGGAGUACCGCAAGGGCAGAGCAGCUUGGAGCAUCUGCAGAGCACGCUGCAACACGGGUUCGCAACAGCGUUGCGCGUUCCGCGCGGCGCGCGACGCUUUCCCGUGACCAGCGUGUAUCAGCUGCGCGACAGCGUGGAAGUUAAUUUGGAAAUUUUGCCGGACAAGUUAUCACCCUCGCCGCUGACAAUGCUGAGCAUGCUUUUGCGGCAGCACCAAGUGCAAUCGAGCCUGCUGUACCGAGGAGUGCUGUCGCCAAUUGCCAGUUUUCUUCAGUUCGCCGGAGCCUACAGUGUAGUUGAUAAGGAAGUGAGCUCGCAGUCCACACAGGGAGGCGAGGUGGUCACGCGGGUAGGCGGCAGCGAUAACUUUAUUCCGAUCGACGGAAACAGUGCUAUCGGGACGCGUGGCGGCGCUGGCAGUUUCCGAUACACCGUGGAGGCCGAAACCGCACAGAUUGUGGGCCUUUCGGUCGCUUUCGGGCUGAUCUUGCUUCUCGCGAUCAUUCUCAUCGCGAUGUUGGCACUGGAGUACAAGCAAAGGCGAAAUUUGCAGAAACAGGUGGAAGCACUGAAACGAGAGCAGACCGUAGCGGCAGCGGCUUUAGGGAGUGCUGGCAGUCGCCGUGGCCAGUCGUUCACUGUAGUCGGCCGGCCGACGGACAGCGUUCGCGCAACCGAAGGUGCUGCUGUUGGCACGGCUAGGAACGAGGUCACACGUGGGAUGCCCGUGUCAGACGGCGAACGGUAUAAGAGCAGUCCCUCGCGAGUCUCUCCAAGUUCGAAACGCAUUGCGGCCGAGGAAGACUUCGCUACUUCAAGUACUGGAACCACGGCAGCAGAGCCACUUACGGCCCUGCCACCUGGAGCGGUUCCAGAGACUGAUCUUUUGCAGCCCACUACGUUUCCUCCGUCACCAGGCACUUCAUCCAGUAGUUCGAUGAUGCCGACUAACCUACCACCUCCCAGUACUUCACCUUCAAGUGGCGGUGGUGGAACUGCUCCUGUUCCCAUGAUCGGGCAACAACAAAUAGGAGGAGAAGGAACUGCGGCACUGCGACCUCUAUCCGACUCCUCGGAGUCCGCUGUCAUCGCCGUAGCAGACGACGAGCAGCGAUCGCUGAGGCCGCUCGACGAACGCUGA